UAACAGGAUGGUUUCCAUGGGGAAGUGAACCAGGACUUCCCUUGCAAGCCCCGCCCCAAAGCCAGGCGGCAGGGAGUAGGGAGGCGGCCUCCCUGCCUCCCCUCCAAAAAAAACUCUCUGUGAUUUCCUCUGGGCGGGAGGGAGCCACAGCUGGCGGCUGUCACAUUUUGCAGCUCUUACUCUACCUCUCUUGCUCCUCUCUGCAGGGACCAUGACCUUGGGCUCCCCAAGGAGAGGCCUUCUGAUGCUGCUGAUGGCCUUGGUGACCCAGGGUGAGUACUGGGGGAGCAGUUAGGAAACAGGAACCUGGAUAGAGAAAGGGCUAUCUGGGCCCAGAUCAGCUCUGCCUGGGGCUGAACUUGAGAAACUGGGGAGAAUUUAGGAGCUUGACUGGAGAAUAGAGGAGAGUGAGGCUCCAUUAAACUCAGCCCCCAGUUACCCCAGCCCUCCUUUGCUUUCCUCGGCGUCCAGACCUGCAGGCUGGAGCUCUGUCAGGCUAGGGUGGAAGCCUAUAUGUGGGGCGGAGGGAGAGCAGGUGUUGGCAGGCCAAGCCUGGGAGCGCUCUCAGGACUGGGGCUGGGGGCGCAGCCCAGCCUAGAACUGGGAGGGGAGAACCUAGGAGCCAGGAGGGGACAGAAGCCUGCUUCUCAGUGUCAGCUGCCUUGAGGGGAGGGCUCUGAGGGAAGGAUGACUGAGGAUGGAAGUAAGGGACCAAAGCUUCAAGGUGUUUGUCUGGGGGGUCAGACGAGAGGGACAAUGGGACAGAAAUGGGUGUCAGGCUCAGCCUAAGGGAGCUGGGCCCAGAGUGGCUGAGCUUCCGGUGUGUCUCCCAGGUGACCCCGUGAAGCCCUCUCGGGGCCCGCUGGUGACCUGCACAUGUGAGAGCCCACAUUGCAGGGGGCCUACCUGCCAGGGGGCCUGGUGCACAGUAGUGCUGGUGCGGGAGGAGGGGAGGCACCCCCAGGAACAUCGGGGCUGCGGGAACUUGCACAGGGAGCUCUGCAGGGGGCGCCCCACCGAGUUCGUCAACCACUACUGCUGUGACAGCCACCUCUGCAACCGCAACGUGUCCCUGGUGCUGGAGGCCACCCAAACUCCUUCGGAGCAGCCGGGAACAGACAGCCAGCUGGCCCUGAUCCUGGGCCCCGUGCUGGCCUUGCUGGCCCUGGUGGCCCUGGGUGUCGUGGGCCUGUGGCAUGUCCGACGGAGGCAGGAGAAGCAGCGGGGCCUGCACAGCGAGCUGGGAGAGUCCAGUCUCAUCCUGAAAGCAUCUGAGCAGGGCGACAGCAUGUUGGGGGACCUCCUGGACAGUGACUGCACCACAGGGAGUGGCUCGGGGCUCCCCUUCCUGGUGCAGAGGACAGUGGCACGGCAGGUUGCCUUGGUGGAGUGUGUGGGAAAAGGCCGCUAUGGCGAAGUGUGGCGGGGCUUGUGGCACGGUGAGAGUGUGGCCGUCAAGAUCUUCUCCUCGAGGGACGAACAGUCCUGGUUCCGGGAGACUGAGAUCUACAACACAGUGUUGCUCAGACACGACAACAUCCUAGGCUUCAUCGCCUCAGACAUGACCUCCCGCAACUCGAGCACGCAGCUGUGGCUCAUCACGCAUUACCACGAGCACGGCUCCCUCUACGACUUUCUGCAGAGACAGACGCUGGAGCCGCAUUUGGCUCUGAGGCUAGCUGUGUCCGCAGCUUGUGGCCUGGCACACCUGCACGUGGAGAUCUUCGGUACACAGGGCAAACCGGCCAUUGCCCACCGUGACUUCAAGAGCCGCAAUGUGCUGGUCAAGAGCAACCUGCAGUGUUGCAUUGCUGACCUGGGCCUGGCUGUGAUGCACUCACAGGGCAGCGAUUACCUGGACAUCGGCAACAACCCGAGAGUAGGCACCAAGAGGUACAUGGCACCCGAGGUGCUGGAUGAGCAGAUCCGCACGGACUGCUUUGAGUCCUAUAAGUGGACUGACAUCUGGGCCUUUGGCCUGGUGCUGUGGGAGAUCGCCCGCCGGACCAUCGUGAACGGCAUCGUGGAGGACUAUAGACCACCCUUCUAUGAUGUGGUGCCCAAUGACCCCAGCUUUGAGGACAUGAAGAAGGUGGUGUGUGUGGAUCAGCAGACCCCCACCAUCCCUAACCGGCUGGCUGCAGACCCGGUCCUCUCAGGCCUAGCUCAGAUGAUGCGGGAGUGCUGGUACCCAAACCCCUCUGCCCGACUCACCGCGCUGCGGAUCAAGAAGACACUACAGAAAAUUAGCAACAGUCCAGAGAAGCCCAAAGUGAUUCAGUAGCCCAGGAGCACCUGACUCCUCUCUGCCUGCAGGGGGGUGGGGGGUGGGGGGUAGUGGAUGGUGCCCUAUCUGGGUAGAGGUAGUGUGAGUGUGGUGUGUGCUGGGGACGGGCAGCUGCGCCCGCCUGCUCGGCCCCCAGCCCACCCAGCCAAAAAUACAGCUGGGCGGAAAUCUGAUCCCCUGCCGUCUAGCCUGCUCAAAGCGGCAGGCUCCCUGACGCCUGGCUCUCUCCCCACCCGCUACGGCCAGCAGGGUGCACCCCUACCACUCCCAGGACAGGAUGCAAAAGAGGCUCCAGAGUCAGAGUGCCAAGCCAGGGAAUCCCAGUCCCAGACUCAGAGCCUGGGCCUGCACUUUGCCCCCUGCCCUUGAUCAACCCCACUGCUCCACCAGAGCUGCCAGGGUGGCACAGGGCCCUGUCCAGCCCUCGGCACACACUUCCCUGCCAGGCCUCAGCCUCUGGCACAAGCUCCAGAGAGCCAGGGCCCAUCAGUUUCUCUCUGUGGGUUUGUAUCUCAGUUCCAUGAUGCCUUGGGCUUUCUGUCUCCUCAACAAGAGCACAGCUUGCUGAAUGUCAGCUGCCUGGGAGAGCUGGGGCCUGAGUUACUAGGGCAUUAAAACCUAAGAGGUCCUACUGAGGAUGUGGCAGGAUCACAGGCCAGUGGAGAAGGGGCAGGUCAGAUGGGUAAGCCCCAGGACUUUCAGAUUAACUGAGAGGAUGUCGAGGCCAAGCGUGGCAGAGAGAAGGUCGGUGGGUGUCAGGAGACCCAGGUCUGACCCCAGGUAUUUGUUCCAUGUGACAAAAGCAGGCCUGUAUCAGGACCUUUUCUUUUCUUUUUUCUUUUUCUUUCUUUUUUUUUUUGGACACAGAGUUUCGCUCUUGUUGCCCAGGCUAGAGUGCAGUGGCAUGAUCCCAGCUCACUGCAACCUCUACCUCCCAGGUUCAAAUGAUUCUCCUGCCUCAGACUCCCAAGUAGCUGGGAUUACAGGCACGUGCCACCACGCCUGGCUAAUUUUGUAUAUUUAGUAGAGAUGGGAUUUCACCAUGUUGGCCAUGCUGGUCGUGAACUCCUGACCUCAGGUGUUCAGCCUCCCAAAGUGUUGGGGUUACAGGUGUGAGACAUCGUGCCCGGCCAGGACCUUUGUUUCUUAUCUACAUAUUGGAAGAUUUGGUCCUGAUGUCCUUUGAGGCUUCUUUAGCUCUAGUUCUCUGACGUUUCAGCCUAUAUCAGAGCUAACUUCCUCAGUCUCAUCUAUUACUUAUGCUCCAGCCCCUGCCAAUUUGCCUCAAGAUGGGGGUUUGAAAAUAACUUUACCUGACUCAAGGAGUGUCUGGAGCACCUCCUAGUCUAAGUCUCCAAGCUCCAAUUCUUACCUAAAACCAUGCCAGUGGCCACCCUUGGGCUCAGACAGCUCUGGGCCUUUUGACCACAAGCCAGCCCCUCGGUCCUCUCUGUGGCAUAGUCUACUGUGCCCUAGGACUGCAGGGAGGUUUCCUCUAAGUCUUCCAAGGUCAAAAGAAAUUUGGCUCCAUCCAAGAAGCCUCCAGCUCCCCUACUGGCCCCUGGCUCAGGCCCACAGCCCUGGCCAGGCCUAGAGAGUGUGUCUCAGGUGAAUUCAAUAGCUCUAGAGAAUCACACAGAGAGUCUGGCAUUUGGAAAUGUCAAGGAUGUAUGUAUGCUCACGUAUGGAGCAGGUUGCCCUGGCCCCUGGGUGCAGGGAAGUGGGUUGGAGGGGAGCUUGAGGAAUAUAAGGAGCAGGGGUGGAGACUCAGGCUACGGACAAGGACAGCCCUAAGAUUGGGAAGAUCUGGCCUAGUAGUCUUCAAACCAGGGAUAGGGAAGUGAAGAAAGCUCUCCCCGCUCCUGCUGUAAUGACCCAGAGUAGCCUCCCCAGUCUGGCAUCUUAUGUGUGUCUUCCACCAUCCUCACGGUGGCACUUUUCUAGGCCUGUCUCCCAGCAUUGUGCAAGGCUCAGAGGAGAACCAGGAAGUGAAACUGGGUGAAAACAGAAAGCUAAAUGGAUGGGCUAGGUUCCCAGAUCAUUAGGGCAGAGUUUGCAUGUCCUCUGGUCACUGGAAUCCACUCAGCCCACGAAUCAUCUCCCUCUUGAAGGAUUUUAUUUCUACUGGGUUUUGGGACAAAAUCCUGCUGAGACCCCACAGCCAGAACCUGAAAGCAGUAGCUCCCCAAAGGCUGGAAAAUCCCUAAGAGAAGGCCUGGGGCAGGAAGUGGAGUGACAGGAGACAGGUAGAGAGAAGGGGCCCAAUGGCCAGAGAGCGAAGGAGGUGGCCUUGCUGAGAGCAGUCUGCACAUGCUUCUGUCUGAGUGCAGGAAGGUGUGGCAGGGUCGAAAUUACACUUCUCCUACCUGGAGACACUGUUUGUGGGAGCACUGGGCUCGUGCCUGGCACACAAUAGGUCUGCAAUAAACCAUGGUUAAAUCCUGA